CCCCCGCCCGGGGAUCCGGCCGCCAAGCUCGCGGCCAGGGCGGCACAGACCGGCCCAGCUACUCUUGGGCUUCGCAGGGACGCGCCAGCGCACCAGCCCCUGGACCCCCGGGCUCGACGACACGAGGUCUCCACCCCAGGACAGGGACCACCCAUCUGGUGUCUUCUUGGAUCCUCAGCCUCACCAGAGGCAAGGGACAGGGCCUCUGGGAGAGAGGAGUAGACGCCUUCAGCCUCAGCACUGGGGACAGCGCCUUAACAGAGUCAACGGUUGGCUUCUGCUGCACCAUCCUCAUCCACAGAAAGAGGCUGAGAAGGGUCCCUAAGCCCAGCCUGCCAUCUCCCCUGGCCCUAGCUGGGCAUGGACCAGCAGUUGUGAGCAGCCAAAGCUGAUGCCUGGCCCCCAGGGGGGCAUAGGAGCCCCCACCAUGAGCUUGGGCAAGAUGUCUCCUGUAGGGUGGGUGUCCAGUUCCCACGGAAAGAGGCGACUGACAGCAGACAUGAUCAGCCCCCCGCUUGGGGACUUCCGCCACACCAUGCACGUGGGCCGUGGUGGGGAUGUUUUCGGUGACACUUCCUUCCUCAGCAACCAUGGGGGUCGCUCUGGGAACACCCACCGCUCACCCCGAAGUUUUCUGGCCAGGAAGCUCCAGCAGGUGCGCCGGGUGGGGGGGCCUCCUCGAAGGAUGGCUUCCCCAGCUUCAGCGUCACCUGCCCCACCUGCCAUCUCCCCCAUCAUCAAGAAUGCCAUUUCUCUGCCCCAGCUCAACCAAGCCACCUAUGACAGCCUGGUGGUGGGCAAGCUCAGCUUUGACAGCAGUCCUGCCAGCUCCACGGAUGGCCGCUCUGGUUACGGCCUGGAUUCUGGGUUCUGCACCAUCUCGCGCCUGCCACGUGCGGAAAAGCACAGCAACCGAGACCAUGACUGUGACCGCGACCAUGCUCAAGACCGAGAGCAAAAUUCUUUCCCCUCUGAGCCCGAGCUUCGACGCUCUGACUCCCUCUUGUCUUUCCGUUUUGACCUUGACCUAGGUCCCUCGCUCCUUAGCGAGAUGCUAGGGGUCAUGAGCCUUUCAGAAACCCCAGCAACUGAGACCACAGCCCCUGCUGCCAAGCCCCCUGCCUCAGCAGCAACUCCCGCUGCCCCUAUUGCAAAACUCCCAGCCCGUGCCAUAACCACCCCAGACCCUGUAGCAAGCCUCGCAGCUCCUGCAGCAAGCCCCCCAGCCCGUGGACAUUUCCCCAAUGGGGUCACUGCUGUGCUGGGCGCUGUGGCUGAGGUAAAGCCCAGCCCAGUGGGAGAGAAUCCCCAGGUGCUUCCCAACAUGGCCUUUGGCAGGCACGGAGCCAGCUGGGGUGCCAGCCGGGCCAGCCGCCACUACACUGAGAUGGAUGCUCGGCGGGAGCUGGCAGGGGUGCUACCUCAAGUCCACGGCUCCUGGGAGAGCCUGAAUGAAGAAUGGAGUGCACCUCCGGCCAGUGACAGAACCCCAGUGCCCAGCACGGUGCUUGUCAAUUCCUUUGAAUUUGCUGACGCUGAGGAAGAUGACGAAGUCAAGGUGUGAGGGACUGGGCAUGGGCUCCAGGUCCUGCCAUCCUGAAGACUCAGAGAAAGCAGAGGGGCUGAGUUCACCCACCAUCACCUAACGACCACACUGCCCACAAGACAUGGACAGUUGCCCAACUGGAGUUAGCCCCACAUCCUUCCUGGUAUAUGGAAGGCAGACAUUGGUAAGGGGGUCCUUACUGCUCUGACCCACCUCCCUCCGCUGCCUCUAGGCUUCAGUCAUACCCUGUGCCAACCCCAUGGCCUCACAGUGUGGGCUUUGUGCCCCCGAAUGCUUCCCGGGUGGGGUGGGGCUGGCUAAGGACCAUACAGGGCCAUUGUUUCUGUGGGACUGCCUGCUCCUGCUCAUUUAGACUGCCCCAGAAGGCCACCACUAUGUCCUCAAUAGCCCUAUUCCAGGCUCCUCUCCAGUUCCCAGAGAAAGGUCAGGUGUAGAGUCUUCUGUGAACCCCAGAUCCGCCUCCUGUGCCUGACCGUAAAAGCUGACUACGAAGCCAGGGAGGCAGCCCCUGCUGAAGUGCCCUUUCCCCUCCUGGGAGUUUGGAAAGUUGAGGACCCCCUUUCAGUCCCCCCAGCUAGAAGGGGGGGCAGACAAGGUAAUGAGUAACCAGCCUGGAAUGCUUAACCGAUAAGAGGCCCAGGUGGGACCCUUAUCUGCAGUUCCUGGAACACCCUGGCCCCAGGUGCCUGGAACCAGUAUCUGCCCCAUAAUCCCGCGGGACAGCUUGGCAGGUGCUCAGGUCACCAGGAGGAAGGGAAGUUUACAGGCACGGGGUGGCUUGGGAGCACCUCCCAUCCUCCUCCCUUGGCAGCACUACACCCUGUGCCUCAGUCUCCAACCCUGCAUCGAAGGUGGGGGAGCAUUAACACGCAUGGGAAGCUAACAUUUCUCACUGUGGAAAUAAUAAAUGUGGAUUCUUUUAUUUGCUCUUGACCUAGGGGCUGGGGUUAGUCAGAAGGAGCGUGGGAAAUUACAGGACCUAAAGACCGCGGUCCUAAUGGGGCUCGCAGAGAGGGCUGAAACGGGUUUAGGAACUGAGGUCUUGUUCUGAAGAGGUGCUGCGUGCUCACUCAAGCUUGAAGGAGGAGAUUUGGACCCCGGCCAUACUUAGGUAGCGCAGGUGGUUUUGACCCAGCCUGUUGGGGAAGGUCACCGUGUGUCCGUCAGGUAGUGUCACCUUGAACUCAUUAUUAUGGAAGGCCACAGUGAUCUGUAGGGAGAGGAAACAUUGUCAGGAGAGCCUGGGAAGGGUCCUCAUGGUGCCUGACGGUGCUCCCAUGUCCAGGCAGGAGGGCCAUCAUUUGGGCUCACAUUUGACCUCACCUUGACGUCCUCUCCUGGACUGAAGCACUUGUUACUUUCUCGUUGCUCUUGUCCCCAGCUGCCGCCAUCACGAGAGUUGAAGACAAUGGUGGAUUCGUUGAAGCGAGGGUUAAAAUGCAGGUUCAGCUUGUCUUGCUCCUGGCCCAGGUUAAUGGUGAAGCUACAGGGAGGAGUGGCAGGAGAACAGCUUAGGACGGGGAACUUUGGUUGACCACAAGCUGGAGGAGCGAGUCAAGAUGCUGCCAUUGAGAUCUGUAAUUUGCAGCCAGUAGGCUGUGCACAGCGGUGGCGCCUUCUGUUUGGAGUAGGCACAGGCUGUUGGCGGGGUGAUUAGGAGUGACAACUGCAGGUUGUCUGUCCUGGAGGAGACAGCUGAAGAGCUGUCACCAGAGGAAUGCAGGCAGGGGGUAUGGCUUGGCAGGAUCACUAGAGGAGCCUGGGUUAGUGAGUCAGAGUCCCUGAAAGUAGGACCUUUGGGGUGUGGGGUUCCGUCAUGGGUGAGGGUUCUCAGACCAGGCAUAUCCGCAUGUUUCUGUAAGCGAGGAGCCUUUUUCUCUUAGCUCCUAGUCUGUGUGUCUGCCUCCUUCCUAACACAGGAGCUAGAGGUUUUAUCUCACGAAAUGCUGGCGGUGCUGAGCAGCCAGGGAGUUAAAAGCACACUCAGGUAGAGGAAGAGGGGACCUUUGCUGCCCCCUGGUGACAGCCUCUGGUUAGAGUCACAGGACCUGGUUAAGAGGGUGGUGAGCAGGAUGUGUACGAUUCAGCACAGGCUUCAGACCUGCCGGGUCAGGCAGAGUACCACCCUUCUCCACCUGCCCCUUUGUUGACAGUCGAGACCAGGAAACAGAGAGCAGUGGCUGUCCUGACAUUCUGAGGGUUCCUAACCCAAAGGACGCAAGGGCAACUCCUAACAGGAGCCAGAAAGGAUGUGGUAAGGAGCAUAUAUAAAAAGAGUCACUGCUCCCGUAACCUUUGAGGUCCCAGUCCUCAGCCCCGCCCACACUUUGCUCACCUGUUUACAUCCUUGUGGAUCUUGCCUUUAAUUUUCAGGGUCAUCCCUGAUUUCAUGUCCAAGUUUGUGAUCUCAAAUUUCUCCUGGAGCAACAGAACAGAAGGCUUCAGAGAAUCAUGAAAGGGACCCUUUGCCCUGCUGCUGUCUUAUGCCACCUGACAUCCUGCCAUUCUGGAUGUCUCUCUUACCUCUCUGCCCUCAUGGAGACCACAGCAUUGUGACUCGGGUUUCCCAGAGGCCCCUUAGCCUCUGCUUCGCUGUCCUCCACCCCACAACCCAAGAAGAGAAUGCCUAGGGCUGGAAGGUCACGGAAUGGGCAGACUGACCUCUGCAGGUCUUACAAUUUCCCAGUGUUCAAGUAACACGCUGCCCUUAGCACACCCAAAACAUGGGUGUAAUGCAGAAAUGACCAUGUCAGGCUGAGCAUGGUGGCAUAUACCUUUAAUCCUAGCUCUUGGGAGGCAGAGGCAGGUAGCUUUUUGUGAGUUUGAGGUCAGCCUGAUCUACACAGCAGGUUUCCAGCCAUCCAGAGCUACAUGGUGAAACCCUGUCUCAACAAACAAACA